AUGAACACUAAUGUCCGGAGUAUUCAAGUAUUGACUCAAUUAGUGGUUCCAUAUCUCGAGUCAACCAAAGGAAACAUUAUUAACAUCUCAAGUGUUUUGGGAUUAAUUCCCUCAGCCAGGGCAAUUUCAUAUUGUAUGGCUAAAAGUGCAUUGGAUAUGUUUACUAAAUGUUUAGCCCUAGAGUUAGGCCCCAGAGGUGUACGUGUAAAUAGUGUCAAUCCGGCAGUAAUCCGGACGCCAUUCUUCGAGACAAUGACUGGAAGUAAGGAUUUAUUGUCGGUCACUGAAAAGCAAUGUCAGGAUAACUAUCCGCUGAGACGUAUCGGUGAACCGGAAGACGUGUCGGAAGCCGUGGCAUACCUGUGCUCACCGGUCGCCUCAUUCAUAACGGGUGCCAUUUUGCCGGUCGAUGGCGGCUCUCUUAGAGCUCCUAUUUCUCGGACUUCAAUAAUGAAUUUUAAUGGAAACGUAGCUUUAAUAACAGGCUCGUCUUCGGGUAUCGGCGAAGCAAUUGCUCUGAAGUUGUCGUCUUUGGGCGCAAAUGUAGUCAUCACUGGAAGGGAUGACCAGAGAAUCCAAUCUGUGGUCAAAAAGUGUGAAUCAUUUUCCAAUCAGAAGGCACUGGGAGUUAGGGCUGACUUAAUGGUCGACAAUGAAGUCAAGGAUUUGGUACAAAAAACUAUCGCAGAGUUUGGAAAAAUAGAUAUUCUCGUGAAUAACGCUGGUGUGGGCUGUGUCACCAAAUUUGAAGACCCGGCAUAUUUAGAUUCAUUUGAUACAGUGAUGAACACUAAUGUCCGGAGUAUUCAAGUAUUGACUCAAUUAGUGGUUCCAUAUCUCGAGUCAACCAAAGGAAACAUUAUUAACAUCUCGAGUACAUCUGGACUUAAACCCUCAACAAUAGGAAUGUCAUACAAUAUGGCAAAGUGUGCUCUGGAUAUGUUUACCAAAUGUUUAGCCCUCGAGUUGGGACCCAAAGGGAUUCGGGUGAAUAGUGUCAAUCCUGCGGGCAUACGAACGCCAAUCUUCGAGACAGUGACCGGAGAUAAGGAUUCAUUGACCAGAUUUGAAAUGCACUGUAAGACUGACUAUCCGUUGCAACGAAUCGGUGAACCUGAAGAUGUGGCCGAAGCCGUGGCAUACCUGUGCUCACCGGUCGCCUCAUUCAUAACGGGCUCGUCUUCGGGUAUCGGCGAAGCAAUUGCUCUGAAGUUGUCGUCUUUGGGCGCAAAUGUAGUCAUCACUGGAAGGGAUGACCAGAGAAUCCAAUCUGUGGUCAAAAAGUGUGAAUCACUUUCCAAACAGAAAGCACUUGGAGUUAGGGCUGACAUUAUGGUCGAUACGGAUGUAAAGAAUCUGGUUCAAAAAACAAUCGCAGAAUUUGGGAAAAUAGAUAUUCUCGUGAAUAACGCCGGUAUCGGACCGUCGGCUAAAUUCGGUGAACCCGGGUAUUUGGAGUCAUACGACAAAGUGAUGAACACUAAUGUCCGGAGUAUUCAAGUAUUGACUCAAUUAGUGGUUCCAUAUCUGGAGACUACUAAAGGAAACAUUAUUAACAUCUCAAGUGUCGCCGGACUUAAACCCUCUGGGAGGGUUAUGCCUUACUGUAUGGCCAAAUGUGCACUGGAUAUGUUUACUAAAUGUUUGGCCCUCGAGUUGGGACCCAAAGGAGUUCGCGUUAAUAGUGUUAAUCCUGCGGCUAUUCGUACGCCAAUCUUCGAGACAAUGACUGGAAAUAAGGAUUAUUUGAAUACAGUUGAAAAGCAAUGUCAGGAUAACUAUCCGCUGAGACGUAUCGGUGAACCGGAAGACGUGGCCGAAGCCGUGGCAUACCUGUGCUCACCCGUCGCCUCAUUCAUAACGGGUGCCAUUUUGCCGGUUGAUGGCGGUGUACUUAGAGCACCUAUGCCUGCUAGAUAAAUUACUAAUUUUUAAAAAUGAAUUUGAAAUUUUUAAUAAAAUUAAAGCAUUAUUAUUAAGC